UAUUAGUGCGCUCCCACAUGUUUUUAUUUAUUUACAGUCAUCAAAGUAUACGAAUUCUCUUAAGUUUAUAAAUUUUGUUUAAUAAUUGAAAUACAAAAUGGAUUCUGCCAGAUUACCUCCCAACCGAAAACAAAAUUUAGAGGGAUUGCUGAGAUUGGCUGUUGAAAAUAUGGAAGAAGGAAGCCAGCUAAAUCAAGAUCCUAUCGAAAUGGAUGCACAGAGAAAUGAAUUCCUUCAGGGAGCACUGCAGUCGAUGACAAUGAAAGUCGAUGAUGUUCAAUACGCACUGGCCAACUUAAAAAAUGAAUCUGUUAGCACGGCAGAAAAAUUGGAAUGCUUGGAUAUUAUUCGAGAUAAUAUUGAUGAUAUUGAUGCGGCAAAUUCUUUUGUUAAAACAGGAGGAAUAACUACAUUAUUGGAAUAUAUCAGAAAACCAAAUAGUGACUUACGACCGCAGUCUAUUUACAUAGUAGCAGAAAUGUCACAAAAUAAUGAGUUUUGUCAAAACUAUUUUGUAAACGAGAAGAUUAUUCCAGUACUUACUUCAACCAUGAAUGAUGCUGAUGAGGAUUUAGCUCGGGGUUCGAUCUACGCUAUAUCAUCGUUGAUUCAAAAUUUUCCAGCAGGGCUGAAAGAGUUUCUUCGAACAAAGGGAACUCAAACUCUAUUAUCUUGCUUAAGCUCCACUCAUGUCACUGUCUAUAUAAAGUCGGCAUUUCUGAUAGCAUCUUUGUCAUCAAAUGAUAGUUCAUUCCGGGAUCUUAUUAAUAAGCAGAAUGCCGCACAAAUCCUUUUAAGUAAUCUGGAGGCUAAAGAUGAAUAUGAGGAUAAGCUUGAAGCUACGCUAUUCGCUUUAUCUGCCCUUUCAUUAAAUAGUAAAUGGAAAAUUACUCCUUUGCAACAAAAGGAAGUUGCAGUUAUUCUUAAACAAAUAAUCAAUAACAAAGUUUUAUCGGAAACUUGUGAAGAGAUGAUCAAGUAUGCGCGAAAUAUUUUGAAUGCGAUAACAAAAUAAAUGAGAUAUAUACUUCAAUAGUAAUCGGUUUCAUUUAAUUGCUUUAUUUAAUAUUAAUGCUGUUGUUAUUACCACAUUAU